AAAAAAAUAAAAAUAAAAUACAAAGUAUUUUAAUGGCAUAAUUUUAAAUUAAAAAAUUUUAAUAGAAGCUUGUUUUGAUGAAUUGUGUACUUAAUUGUUGCAGCAUUGUUUUACUCAGCUACCGCUAUAUUUCUAACGGCUUCUCAAGUGCCACGCAUCUUGAACGUAGUAUUUCCGUUAAAUACUUCCCGUCCUCAAAUGCUACCAUAUCCGUCAUACUAUUUUGUCGACGAAAAUCAAUAUUUCUCUUAUAUUUUUCUCCAUAUGUUUACUGCCUGCACUAUAUGCAUGACCGGAUUGAUCGCGCACGAUAGCAUGUUUUUUGUUUACGUCGAGCACAUCUGCGGCCUUUUCGCCGUCGUUGGAUUUAGGUUUGAGCGCGUAUCACGUAAAUGUACUGUUAUGGAAAAAAGUAUGAUCGAUAAUUCAGAUGCCGUGUAUCACAAGAACAUUGUGAUUUCGAUUUACGCUCAUCAUAAGGUUUUACAGUUCGCCCAAUUUCUUGAGAGUACCUUUACGAUUUCCUUUGCUGUGCAACUCCUGAUGAUUACAAUUGGUUUAAGCAUUUCCUUAGUACAACUCUCGAUACAGCUGCACAAUUUUGCUGAAGCGAUGAGAUACAUAAUCUUCAUUGUUGGUCAAUUGUUUCACUUGUUCUGCUUUAGCUUCCAAGGACAAAGAGUGAUAGAUUAUAGUGUCGAAACUCGCGACAAGAUAUAUCAUAGCUCGUGGUAUACUAUACCCCUGAAGGAGCAAAGGCUGCUUAUGUUCGUCAUGAGAAAAAGUAUCGAAGCUAGCGUCCUGACCGCCGGCAACAUAUACGUGUUUUCUCUUGAAAAUUUCACAAUGAUUGUACAAAGCUCGAUGUCGUACUUCACAUUACUAUCGUCCUUUGACGUGUCAUGAUCGAUAUGCGGCGAU